CCUGUCGGCCGAUGUUCGCCUUUGAAAAACUCAAUUUUUUUGUGAUGGAAGUGUGCUGGUGAAGUUUUCAAAGUGAGCUAGAGACGAUGUUUCCUUUAGAGGCAGUAUGGCUUAAAACAGUGGAAGAAAAAUAGAAACCCACCAGUAAAGUCCAAAAUGGAAAACAGCCUGGGAUAUUUGCAUCGUCAGCCAUAUUUUUUGUUUGUUGAGCUGGGGGGUUUAGCUUUUAAAACUGAAAGGUUUCGUUUUCGUAAACAUAUUUCGACUGAAAGCGAAAGGAGAAGCAUCAAAUCUCAUCGCAACGGUUCGCUUAUACCACACAGACCACUCAGCAGAGUGUAGAGUAGGCGAAAUUUUAAGACUAAUUCCAAGGGACUUGGAAAAUGUCACGAAACAGUUUCCAGCAACCCAUUGAUGUAGAAAUGGUUCCAGCGUUGGAAACAGUACCGCAGUCCCAUCUUCUGGCAGCAACAACCCAGGUAAAGAACGACGCAGGCGGCUUUGUGUGGAAAGUGAACGACAUGGAGAGGUUAAGGCGUUUUCUUGUGCUUGGGUGCGAAGGCGGUACUUACUAUGCCACGGAGCAGAAACUUGGACAAGAGAACGCUCAGGCCUUGCUGAGAAUCAUCACCGAAGGUCGUGGCCCGGAGGCGGUAAAAAUUAUCGUUGAAUACAGCACCGAUGGUCGUACAGCCAAACAAGACCCGAUCAUUUUGGCCUUAGCUAUGUGCGCUCGUUCAAGUCACUUGGAGACGAAACGUGCAGCGUAUGCUGCUGUCACGCAAGUUCUGCGAAUUCCUACACAUCUUUUCUCGUUCACUGAAUUCUGCGAGAAGCUGAGCAAGCCAAAGUCCACCGGCUGGGGCCGAGCACACAAGAAAGCAAUCCAGAGAUGGUACACAGAGAAGAAACCGCGAGUUCUAGCUGUUGCCGUGACCAAGUACAAACAGAGAAAUGGAUGGUCGCAUCGUGACUUGUUCCGUUUAUGUCACGUAAAACCUACUAACCCCGCUACACAGUUUAUUGUAAAGUACGUGAUUAAAGGUUUUGAUGCAGCAGCGACACCUGGUGGCAGCCAAGAUGUCCUUUCAGUGUACAACUUUUUAAAAGCAGUGGAAGAAGCCAAAUCAAUGAGCAAAACUGAGUUGGUACAAGCAAUCAGAGAACAUGGGCUCGUGCGGGAACACAUUCCUACCAACUAUCUCAGCUCCAGAAAGGUGAGUCUAAGGAGAUGUUUGUAAGUCCUUAAAUGACUUGUUGUUGUCUGACAAACUGAUUGACAGAUCUAUAGACAGCGAGUCUGAGAGAGAAUGAAUAAACAAAUAAUCCAGCAUAUGAGCAACCAAACAGAUGAUGAUGAUGUUAUGUAGUCAGACUUGCCAAGUUUGUUGUAAGUCUCGCCUUGUCACCACCUAUAUCAUGCUCACUUUAAAAAGUCUUUGAAGCAUCUGUAGGGUUCAUUUCCCAGCUGGAUAGCAAACCCAAUCUGACAGAAAUGCUUAGAGGUCUCGUUUGUUUGAUAAUUUAAUAAGUAAAUUGCUGAUUUGGUGUGUUGUUUCCACUCUUCAGCCUAUCACAAACCCUGCCGUGACUUGCCGCUGUCACUCACUCACAAGUAAACCUAAAUCUCUCAUUUUACAAUGGCCGCCAACAGACAUGUGCAUGUCAGCAGCGAUGAAGAAGAUUGAUUGUGGUGUUUACUGCUCCCACUUUAAAAUGAUACUUUGACUUCUAAACCCAUAAUCCCUGCUUGGAGUCCUUCCACCAAGAAAUGUGGGACACCUUGCAACUUUUUCCCACCUCUCACCACUUUUUCCAGCUCUAGGUCCAGAAUCUCAAGAUUUUUGCCUCUUGGUGGUUGGCAAGUCUGUGUAUUUUUUCUUAUACAAUCUAUAAUACCUAAACAUGUUUUGUUAUUCUACCACAGAUUUGGGAGGCUCUUUUGGAAAACAUGCCUAUGACUGCUAUGAUAAGAAAUCUUGGUAAAAUGACCAAUGUUGGAGUAUUGGCACCUUUAUCAGCUGGAGCAGCUCGGGUCUGUGAGAUGUUAAAGAGCGAGAAGAACCUUAAAGAUGCACGUGUCCAUCCAUUCUCAAUCCUAGUAGCUCUGAAACAGUAUGAGGCAGGUAAGGGAGAGAAGGGCAAACUCACUUGGAUUCCCAACCGAGACAUUGUGACUGCACUUGACAAGGCAUUUUACUUGGCUUUCAAGGUUUGUGUUCUGUAAUUUGUUGUAUUUAUAAUUAUUGAGGAAUUUUUAACUGAACUUGUACUUCCAGUCAUAGAUACCGUUAUUUAGUUAUGUUCCUUUAUUUAUGUCAAGCAAGGCACAGUGAUAGCCUGGGGCUAUGGCCUGUAUGGCUAGCUGAGUUAGGGAGUAAGGUUAGUGUCUUUUCCUCUCAGAAUGCCUGAUUUGGAAGCAAAAAGGACCCAUAAAUUAAUGAACUUUGUUUGCCCCAAGAGAAAUUGAAAACAAUACUUAUCUUAUUUUUUGGGGUGGGGAGGGUGCAAAAAGGGUGUUCUUGACAAUGCAAAAUGGCAAAAUUGGGUGGGAAAUUAUGUUGUUGCCCAUACUUGUGUUAUUUAGUGGUAAAAGAAAUGCGUGUUAUGGUUGCACACAAAGGUCAUUACUUGAACAACGUUUUCUUGGUGGUCAUCGCUUCCACCUAAUUUCUGAGAGUGUUUACCCUUUUAUGGUAUUUUGUGGGAGAGGGAGUACUCAGGAAUCAUCCCUUUGUUUCCAGUACAAAUUCACGCAGUAACUCAAGGACAAUCUUUUUAUCAUCAUUUAUGCUUGUACUUUUACAGGCUGUGGAGCCCACCAAUAAGAGGUAUCUUUUGGCGAUUGAUGUCAGUGGUUCAAUGUCUUGUGGUAAUUGUAAUGGAACAACCAUCACCCCCAGGGUUGCUUCUGCUGCUAUGGCGAUGCUUACAGCACGCACUGAACCACAGUAUCACUUUGUGGGGUUUUCUCAUCACCUGGUGCCUCUGAACAUUAACUCUGCUCAGAAACUUGAUAGAGUCAUAAGGACCAUUGAACAAGUAAGUUGAUAGACACUUUUGAUGUUUUUGUCCUUUAAACUUUGUUAAAUUACACACAUGGAAAAAUAUUUUCAUGUUGAUCACCUAAGAAGGACUAAUCCGAACUUGACAACAAACUCACAAAGGUAGGCAAAGUCAGUGACGUGCUUUCUAAGAAAAACAAAUCACAUGUUUUUCACUGAAAAUGAAGUGUUUUUGUGGUAAGAAUAUCGCCUCCAAAUAUAUCUUGCAGUAGGGACAACUUGGAGCAACUCAUUGACAUGCAGCACUAUAAUGCUUUUGGUACAUCAGCACAUUUAAAGAGUCAAAGAUUCAAGUUGUAACGAUACUACCGAAGAGCCGUGAGGUGAAUCCAACAGAUUUGUUUUAAGCUGUUGUGCAAAAGAACGUAAGAAAAUGGUAACCUCCUGGAAGAAGAGCCCCGCAGAAAUAGCAAAUUCUGAAGUUCUUAGCCAACUACACUUUCACACAGCUCAGCAUUUUGUGGCUGGUGUGAAGUGUGAGCAACAGGCUGCAUCGAUGGAAGACUGAUCCAGUCCAAUAUGAGUUUUAAGACAAUGUCUGAAGAAAGUGCUGUAUUUCGGUAGCUCAAUAAGUUGUAGACUGUCCUAAAGUUUUUCUUCUGUUUUCCCCUCAAUUUCAUGUCAAAACAUCCACAAACACGUCACAAAAUUCUUAACACAACAACACUUCGUGUGACUUUGUGAUUUCGUUACCAAGUUUGUAUACACCGAAAUGCAAUUCCUACUGUAUGCAGUUCCUAUUGUAUGUACUUGGCUUGUUUCAUUUCUGUAUGGUAAAAUCUCAGUGAUCCAGGACAGUUUUGUCCAGUGUACAACAUUGCUUAAUACUUUUAUUUGCUUAUCUUAAAAAUACCCUGCUGACCCGAGCUUGUCACUGUUAGCAAAUCAGUCAUUGGACCUAAUGGUAGCAAUAAUUUUAAUGAGUUUGCCCACGGAUUCACAAACUUAAAGUCAAAAGUCUGUCGUAAAUAUUGAAUGCCUGGCCGUAAACUCUACCCAUAUUGGUUGCCCAGCGGUGAGGUGAAAAGCUUGAAUUAGUUGCCAGGGUCAGCUCCAUCUUUUGCCCUUUUAAAGUGAGGCUUCUCAAUUUUUUUUCUAAAUUACAUAAUAUUUAAUUUAUUGCUCAUUUUUACAAAAUAAGGCAUUUUACUUCUAAGGUGCCCAUGGGAGGAACUGACUGUGCUCAACCCAUGAUCUAUGCCAAGAAAAAGAACCUCAAAGUUGAUGUCUUCAUUGUUUACACUGACUCUGAAACCUGGGCUGGUCGUAUACAUCCUAGUAAGGCAUUGGAGCAGUACAGGAAACACUCUGGAAUCAAUGCUAAGCUCAUUGUUUGUGCAAUGACUUCCAAUGGUUUCACGCUGGCUGAUCCUGAGGACAGAGGAAUGCUUGACAUGGCUGGGUUUGACUCUGCUGCUCCAGAUGUCAUCAGGCAGUUUGUUCUAGGGUUAUAAGAAUAAAGAGGGUGUUUUGAUUCGCACUGAGUUAAAAAGUUAGUGUUUGAAGUAGCAGCCGAGUUCAGGAAAAAGCAACAAUGACGGCGACAGCUAUGAAAACGUCACUGAAGUGAGUUGAAGUCAUGCUGCUUCAAACUUUAUUGUGCUUAUUCUCUCUUAGAGUUGAAUUCUAAAAGACAGUAUACGAGUUCAGAAAAAGAAGAAGAAAGUCGUCGCCUUGUGUUCGCGUCCUCCACAAAAUGUGAAAAUAGCCAUCCUUUCGUUGUAGUAGUGCAGUGAUGGUAAGAAAUAUACAAAAAGCGUGAUGCACAGUGAAAGUUGUUGUUUUGCCCCUCUAAACCUUUUGCUUUUAUACCGUUCUCAUUGAUGAAGCCGUCGUGGUCGUUGGUGAAGCUCACUAUUUAACUAAAUAAGUCAGUUGUACACAAAGCUUCGCAGAGAUUUUGUAGAAUGUUUGUUUAUUUUGCCACAUGAGGUUAAAGUGAAGUAAGGAGUGCCCCACCCCUCCCAAUUGAGUGCCAUCCUUUCACAGGCACUCCUCUUUUGCUUAUUCGAGGAACAUUGUUCAGUUCAUAAGAUUAUAUUGAAAAUAUUUUAACAGGUUUGUUGACAACAGUGUUAGAAAAUCUGUCAGUGAUGUUGAUCAUUGUUACAGAAUUAUGUACGUUGUCUGAUAAUAUUAAUAGUUUUCACAAAAACUAUUCUCUUUCCCCUCCGUAGAGGCCUCUUUGUGUCAUAGAGAGGCUGGGGAAAGGGAAAAAUGAAAGCGUGGGGGUCACGAUGGGAAGAGGAAAGAGAGAAAGCCUUUUUCUUCUUCCUAUCGUCCCCCAUGUGAUUGCUAUUCUUUUACUUCUGUUAUUUUUAUUGGGGGGACCCAGCAGGAGCCUCUGUGGCACAGACAGCACCAACCAAGCAUACAAAGGUGCUGUGUUGUUUACAGCCACUGAGUCAGUAGAGUUAUUUAUACUGUUCACUCUUAUACUAAUGCCACACAGAAAUAUUUAAACAGUUCUUUGUUUCAAGUUCAUGAGAUGUGCCUAAAUAAGCUAAUAAUAAUUAAAAUAUUUUGCAGACACAAUAAUUUAAUGCCUGUGGAAGCGAGGAGCACCUUUGCUUCAACUUCUUUUUUUCUUUUUCUUUCUGUCUUUUUACAUUUUUUAAGUGAACAACAUGUUUUCAUAAGCACAUGUCGUAGUUAAUUAUUUAUGAUUAAACAAUUAGGAUGAUGUGAACUGUGGAAAUGCUGAAUUUUUAAUAUGGUCUUUGUUAUCUCUGGUAAUUUUUAUUUUCUUUUGUUGCAACUUCAUUAGCAUACAUUAUCAUACCCAAAAACAAACGAAAAGCAAAAAUUACCUGAGAUAAAGAAUUAACUACAACACAUAUAAACCACAAAAUCAUCUGAACCUGCUAAAAGGCGAAAUGCAGGUUCUGAAAUACAUCCAAACACAAGAGAUCGAUAGGGACUGCUUACCGUUUACACAAACCACCCGGCUGGAAAUCUUGUGUAUAAACAAGAAACCAUAAAAUUUGACCCCGGGUUGGAGAAUGACCCACUAAACUGUGUAUCCAGAUCAGCUGAACAGACUAAAAAGAGUAGAAAAAGUGCAUCCCCUCAAAUCACAGUCCAUGUUUUCUGAAGAUAAAUUCUCAAAGGGAACUGGGCGAACCAUUUGAUUUUAGCUAUGGGUUAAAGAUCCUUAUUUGGAUCUCAGUUCCACCUUUACCAAAGCUGUCUAGGUACCAUUAGCCAUUUAACCCUUGGGUAGAUGGUUCUUGCCCUCAGAAAAGCCACCACCUUGUGUUUAGGGAGCUUCUCAGGGUGAAAACUGCGUCUGAAAACUUUCCAUGGAUACGUCUCCAGGGAAAACUUUUUUUUUGAGACCAUGGAUCCGCCACCCUCAAACACAACAAAACGUGUUUCUUGGUGUUGCGCGGAUCCAGGGGUGUCCGCAGGGGUCCGAAGCCUCCCGCCCCCCUUUUUAAGACCAAAUUGAGGCCCUUCAAGGAAACAGAUGGGUGGAAAAAAAUUUUUUGAUCCGCCACUGCCUCAAACACAACAAAACGAGACGUGGGUGGGGGGCUUCGAUGGUCGAUUUCAGUCUGUGGGCCAGGUGAGGAAUCCAAAGUGAAGUCAGCCAAUCAUGAAGCAGUACAUGUACCUAACAGUAGAAAUCACGCUCUGUAUGUGCGCAGGAGCCCUGAUGUGCGGUAUUCUUCAUUCAUAUGAUAGCGCGAAAUCAUUAAAAUAGCGAAAAAGAACCCUCCUUCGGACACUCGGUAUUUAAAUUUCCCCCACUGGUCAAGGGUGUGUUUCGCUAAGAAGUCGAAUGUUGCAACCAAUAUUGAUGUCGCAAAUAACUAGCUUGACUGACGAGCGAUAAGUUGACGUAUCUUUGACUGCAAAAUAUGAGGGCUCGGCAUGCUUGCCUCCUUAAAAAUGAUGAAUUACAGUAAUUGAUAAGGAAGUUUUUACGCAAACUCGGGGAUUAAAACCGAAUGACCGAAAACGUUUUACGGCAAUUAGGGAAGGCAUGGGUGUAAAAGCAAACAAAAUGCGCAGUACGUUAUUAAUAAAAAAUAUACUUCCAUUCCCUCAUAAGGAUAUCCAAGGGAAAAAAAGAUUUCACCACCGGCCACCCUCACCCACUCCCUCUAUUACGUUUCUAUAACAUAUGGUCUAUCCCUUUUCAGUGUUCUUGUUUACAAGACCUUUUCCCAUCAAGUCAAGUCGCCAGUCCAAGUUUUUUCAUUGAGGCCGUGUGAGGUUAAACUCCGACAAGGGACAUUGCCUUAAACAGCAACAUAAGCCAGUUGAAAUGGCAAGAAACGACACAAAGAUGGUUGAAACUGCGGUAGGGAAGAGCGACAAACGUAAAUACAACAGUAAAAUACUGACGACAACAAUUGGUCUCCUUUAUACGUUUUCAGUCAAGGGGAGCACUGGAGAAGAUUCUAGUCAGUAACCAAAUGUAGUAUUUAUCCUUGUAUCUCCAAAUGAGUUUUUUUGGAGCCAAGUAUGAAUUUUACAAAAGAAUUUCGAAAUAGGUCUAACCUGGAAAAAUUUACUUUUUUAUGAAUGUUAAUCAAAUGAGUUUAUAGAAAAGCAAAUACCGGUAAAAUGAGUAAAAUGUUACAAUGUUGCCGGCACACCAAAAAGUGCCUACGUAAGCAUAAUUUUUACCUCGGGUAACCUCGGGACCCUCGCGUAACAUAUUAAAGGGUAACCAGCCGCUCACUCUGGCAAAUCGUUUUUUGUUUUUUUUUCUUAUAGAUCACAACAGAUUUAAGAUAAGAAACAUGUAAAUAUAAAGUGAUUUUAAUUUUUUUUCGGACUUCUACUGAUGCUACAACCGAGUGCAGACACUUGAAGUUCUGCUAUGGAAGUCUGGGUAAGAGUUUUAUUUGAACAAAAGAUCCCGGAAGCUUUCCGCGUUGGGUCAGCCAUCUUUUGUAUGGGUCUAACUUUCAUAAAGAACUUGUAAAGCGAAAACUGUUUUUUGACCGAAAACGAAGGCAGAUACUUCAGUUCGGUCCGUGUUUAUUUGAUUAACCAAAGCGACGACAUCAGUUUAGAGCUAGACGUUUUUGUUUUUCUGCAUCAGCGAUCGACUGGCGUCAAGGCAAGAAAACAUGGCGAACCAACGUCCAGAUGUUGAAAUGGUUCCUGCUUCACCAGGAGGUACACCACAGUCUGAACCAAUUGCAGCAAAUCAGGUACAGAACGAAGCAGGCGGCUUUGUGUGGAAAGUGGACGACUUGGAGAGGUUUAGGCGUUUUCUUGUGCUUGGAAGCGAAGGCGGUACUUACUAUGCCGAGGAGAAGAAACUUGGACAAGAGAACGCUCAGGCCUUGCUGAGAAUUAUCGCCGAAGGUCGUGGUCCCGAGGCGGUAAAAAUUAUCGUUGAAUACAGCACCCAGGGUCGUACAGCUAAGCAAGACACGAUAAUCUUGUCCCUAGCUAUUUGUGCUCGAUCAAGUCACUUGGAGACGAAACGCGCCGCGUAUGCAGCCUUGUCACAAGUUCUGCGAAUUCCUACACAUCUUUUCUCCUUCGUAGAGAUCUGUGAAACUCUGAGCAAGCCAAAGUCCACUGGCUGGGGUCGAGCACAUAGAAAGGCAAUCCAAAAGUGGUAUACUAACAAGAAACCCAAGGCUCUCUCUGUUGCUGUGACCAAAUACAAACAAAGAAAUGGAUGGUCGCACCGUGACGUGUUUCGUUUGUGCCACGUUAAACCAAACGACCCAGCCAUACAGUUUAUCGUGAAGUACGUGAUAAAAGGUUUUGAUGCUGUGCAGCCCGAUGCAGCGACGCCUGGUGUGGGCCAGGAUGUUACAUCUGUCUACACGUUUCUCAAAGCAGUGGAAGAAGCCAAGACAAUGAGUGAGGAGAGGCUAGUUCAAGCAAUAAAAGAUCACAAUCUUGUGCGGGAACAUAUUCCCACUAACCAUCUCAACUCCCAAGAGGUUGGUUAUUGCUCCAUUUGCACCAAGGCUAGAGCAUAUGUCUUGAGUGUAAAUUAAUAUGGCUUUUUUCUUUACAGAAAUAAAUUUUCUUGAAUCAAGCAAAAAAAUUUAAAGGAGGCAUAGCUCUCAGUCACUAAUGCCAAGUGGUUUUGAAGGUUUCAAAGUAUUGCAGCACCAUUCAUUUGGGCUUUCCUGUCUAAUAUACAUGCAACGUAAAACACAGUAAGCAUGGUGAAUUAUUGCACAAUUUCUGGUACAUUUAAUCUACAAUGGGAUCGUUGUUGCGUCAAUGACUUGGCUUUUCGAUCUUUGCACCAGUAAUUCAAGGUCAUCUUUAAUUUCUUGCAAUGGCUGAGAUUGCUCAACAUGUUAGCAAAGUCGUUACAGUUUAUGGAUGCAACUUUCAGUAAGCGUGAUGGAUCAUAAAUUUGGUAUCAUUAUUUUGUCAAUUUUCAAGAUGGUAUUUCUGAAUUGGCAAUUUUUCUUACAGUAUUCGGUAUGCUCAUAUAAGUUGUCAUGGUAACCAUACCUGGAGUUGCACUAAUCUACAUUUAAACAACUUGGCCUUGUUAUGUGCCACCAACAUCUCCAAAUUUUAGCCUCAUUCAAUUAUGAUGGGCCUUUUGCAAUAGCUGGUUAUGCGAUCAACUUGAUUUCAGCGGGGAUGUAAAAAGCACAUAAAAAUUAUCUAACCUGUAAAUUGUCAGCCACAUAUCUUAACAGUGCCUACUGUAAUGGCUGCUGAAAAUGAGAAGAAAUUAUUAAAGUGAAAUCCGUUAGGAAAUUGAGUAAUUAUUGUAACUUUCAGUGGAAAAAACCUUGUACCUGAAUAAUUUCAAGCAUAUUGCAUUCUUUUUCACACUGUUCAAGGGCUAUUAAUGUAAUACGUUGUAUGAAAUAACUCCGAACUAAAGGUUCUUAUUGGAGCCUGUGAAAACAAACUUCAAAAUCCUCAAAUUUAACAAAAUGAAGUCUUCCGCAUGACAAUUUUACGUGUGUUUUCUCAGUUCCUGUGAAAUUUGAAAUUUAUUUUCUCAGGCUCCCGUAUGAAAUUGUCUUUGGUGUUGUUACAGACAACUUAUUAUAUCUAUAGCCCCUUGAAAAAUGUAAAAAAGAAUAUCGUGUGGCUUAAAAUAUUCUGGUGCAAGGGUUUUGUCCACUGAAAAUUAAAAUUGCUCGAUUUCCUACUGUAUUCUGUCUUACUUUUGUAUGGUGAAAACAUCUUUUGCCACCAGAUCGUGGUUGAGUGGUUUGUCAUACAAAUCCUUCUAAAUUUUAAAAUUUUCAAACUGUCAAGAAAUCUUUCCCUUACACAUUACAGGGCUCAAAUUUUCAUUUACAAACAAAGAAAAUUGAGUUGGUAUUAUUAUAACAUAUGAGCAGAUAUUAUUUAACAAUUCUCCUUUUGUGGUAUAGAUUUGGAAGGCCCUGUUAGAGAAGAUGCCAAUGACUGCUAUGAUUAGAAAUCUUGGCAAAAUGACCAACAUUGGAGUACUUGCUCCGUUGUCUGAGGGUGCCACCAAGGUCUGUGACAUGCUGAGAAAUGAGAGGAGCCUUAAAGAUGCACGUGUCCACCCAUUUAACAUCCUCUUAGCUCUGAAACAGUAUCAAGCAGGGCAGGGAGAGAAAGGCAAGCUCACAUGGACACCAAACCAAGCCAUUGUGACUGCACUGGAUGAAGCAUUCUACUUGGCUUUCAAGGUUUGCAUUCAAUGUGUUAUUGUAUUGAAUUCCAAAGCUCACUAUGAAUUUUUUGGCUAAUUUAUAACUUGCAACAAGAGUCAUACCAACUAGCAACACACCUCUUGAGUUAAAGUUGAAAGCUUGAAUGGGUAGAAGGCUAUUUCAUACAAGGGAAAAAGUUUGUACCCUGGUUAAACCAAUUAUUAUUGGUUAAAGCAAUUUUUGCUUUAUUAUGUGCGAUUUUGUGGACAUUGAUGUAUAACAUAUAUAGUUAAUGUAACAAUAACCCCUCCACCCCCAUUUUUCUCUUUCUUUUUCAAUAAUAUAUGUAAAUUAAAGCAUAAAAAGUUGAUGUUUUGGCAUCGUCGUAAUGCCAUUAUCUAACUACAAUUUUGUUAGUGAGUAUGUACAUACCUUUGCAGAAUGUAGAGCCCACCAAUAAGAGAUACCUCUUGGCCAUUGAUGUCAGUGGCUCAAUGUCAUGGGGUAACUGUCAUGGAACAACCAUCACCCCCAGGGUUGCUUCUGCUGCUAUGGCAAUGCUUACAGCACACACUGAACCACAGUAUCACUUUGUGGGAUUCUCUCAUCACCUGGUACCUCUCAACAUUAACUCUACUCAGAGACUUGAUACAGUCGUAAGGACUAUUGAGCAGGUAAUUGUAAACACUUUGUUUUUUCAGUUAUUAGGGACCUUAAGACAUGAGGAUGGUGACAGUGGUGGAAAGGUUCCUAAAAAAGUGAAUUUGCAUUCUUUCUGUUCAAUUUUCACCACGAUGUAUUCCAAUUCUUUAGCUUGUCUGUUAAAUGUAGAGAAGGCGGCUUUUCGGAAUUCCUUAGGCAUAGGAGGGUUUUAGAUAUGAAAUUUCCACAGGGUAGAGACAAUUGUGUAUUCCAUGAAAAGACUUAUUUUAUGGACUUAAUUAGUUCGCAAAUAAAGCUCGAACUGACGACACUGCUGGCAACCCCAGACGCAUAGCUGCAGAAGCACAAGCAUCCAUCAAUCAAUGAUGCUUUCCUGUUCAUUUGUAGAAGAAAACCAACAGAGCGUGGGUUGUACGUCCAGUUCCAGAGACCUUAAUGCUACAAAACAUCCUUUUCUCUUUUUUUGAAAACAGCCUCAUAGAUUUUUUUGUCCAUUCAUUGUGAAACAUGGUCUUUUGACCAAGGACACUAUUUUAAUUUUUGAAGAUCGUGGGAUUGGGAGCGACUGCUGACUCCAAAGGCAGAAAUAAUUAAAAACAACAAAAAAAUUUGUGUCACAUACACUUUAAAAAAGGGUGAUAAUUACUGAGUGUUUUCAAUUCUUAGUGUGUGUAUUAUAUGUAUCCAAAAUUGAAAGUCGUUUUUCGUCUUUAAAAGAAACAAAUUUGUACAAUAAAUUAACAAGAUGGUAGCAAAUAAGAAGGAUUUUUGAUGUUGAAAACUCCACAAUCAUCUCAAGAAUAUUCAUUUACUUCUCUAUACUUCUGUUACAGUCAGAUACAGUCUCUCCAAUUAGUAAGGCACUGUGCCUGUGCUCUAAGACAUGAGACUUUAAUAAAGUUCAUUAUUAUUAUUAUUAUUAUUAUUAUACAUUGCUUAAUUCUAAAAAAUACAAAGCAGUGAUCAGAAUCGGAAGCAACGGCUGAGCAAAUCAACUGACAUCUCAUGAUGUCGUCAACCUUUUUUCGAUCCUUUACUUGUUUGCAGGGAAAAAGCAGGUUUCAAAUGGCCAAAAUUCAAGACUUUUUUGGGAGACAUUUUUUAAAGUUCAGAAUUGUUUAUUAAACUUAUCCAAGGACCAAAAUCUGUUUAAAAAAGUUUUAUGUGACUCAUAUACACUUUAAAUAUAUGUCUUCUCCAUUCUCUUAUUUGAAGAAAAAUGAUUAUCUUGGAGAACUGCUAAAGCUAAUAGUCAAACCUGUGUCUCACUAAACUAAGGUGAAAAUUGUGAUGCAGGUACUAACUACACCACUCUUCAACCUCUAGGUACCCAUGGGGGGAACUGACUGUGCUCAACCCAUGAUCUACGCCAGAGACAAUAAUCUUAAGGUUGAUGUCUUCAUUGUUUACACUGACUGUGAAACCUGGGCUGGGCCAAUUCACCCAAGCGAAGCACUGAGGCUGUACAGAAAUCAAUCUGGUAUUGAUGCUAAGCUCAUCAUUUGUGCAAUGACCUCCAAUGGUUUCACUCUUGCUGAUCCUGAGGACAGAGGAAUGCUUGACAUGGCUGGGUUUGACUCUGCUGCUCCAGACAUCAUAAGGCAGUUUGUUGUUGGUUUAUAAACCUGUCUAACCACCCAGGUAUCAUGAAAUCGUCUAUUAAACCCCCCUGUUGACAUUUGAACUGGUUUAAAUUGCUCUGGAUUUCCAUAAACCAUAAAGAAAAGAUCUUAUUUUUCCAAUCUGGGUAAUGCUACGUAAGCAGCCCUCUCUGGAACAAAAGGGCAAUCUUGCCAAAUGAUAACCUGGUAUAGAGUUUGUCCUUGAAUUUUACACAUACUGUAGUUGUACUAUAUCCACCCCCUUAAACAUGCCUUAACUGAAUAAGCUCUCCCCACAAAGGCUUAAUAGAAAAUUUACCGUAGAUUUAUAAACACACCUUUGAUGUACAGAGGUAUUAUUUGUGUAGAACUAUGUUGACAGGCAUGUGAGCCUCCUUGACACCAAAUAAUACUCUUCAAUUUGCAGGCUUAGCAUUACAUGGCCGUGCAAAGUCAUUAAUUAUUUCAAUCACACUUGUCUAAGAGACAAGGAAUUUUGAAAAUACCUGAUAACUGUGGUUUUAGAAUAGUGGGUUCUAAAAUCAUACAAGUGCAAAGGUAGUAUUUAACAUUGGAAAGAAAUGAUGUUUUUAUCAUAGAUAUGUUUUGUUAAAACCAUCUUUUUUAAGCAGUGUGUUUUUAUGUAAGUGCAAGCAUUGUAUGCAUGCAACGCAACGGAAACAAGGAUAAAAUGUAUUUGAAAUGCAAAUGCAAACUUUGCCAUGCCUGUGUAUAAAACGAUGAUAAAAAACCUGGACUUGACAAAGCUACAUAGUGGCACUUUCUUAGAUUUUUUUAUCAAAGGACUGUUCGUGCUUUAUGCCAUGCUUGGGUUGGGCCCUGGUCUUUCUCACUUAGCCUGUUCGAGGCUCCAAAAACUAAUACUUAUGUGCGGAGAUCUUGAAAACUGAUGCGAAAAAUGCGAGACUCAUUUUCGCUUGGCUUGUUUUCAUGAUGUCCCUACUAAGAGCAACAUUCAUCUUUGUUUUUAGCACUCAGGCUUUAAAGCCAGUCAUCCACAAUUCAACAUUAAUUUCUUGCAUGUUCUCGUGAGUAAUGCUUUAGAACGUUCAGCCUCCAAAAAAGCAACUCAUGGAAAAGUUGAUCAAAAAGUUCUCCAGUGUACCUCUGGUCCAUGUGAACUUUCAACUUUACCAGCACAUGCUCUGUGUAUAUUUUGCUUUUGUUUCUUGUUAACUAUUUUGUAUUUUUGUAGUUGUUGGACGUUUAGUUUAGAAAGAGACCUUGAAACAAACUUUUCAGACUGUUUUGUUAAACCGAAACGAAAAAUAAGCUUGGAGAAAGAAGUUGAAAUUCUUUCCAAGUCAAUGUCUUGAUGAGAGAACUUGUUUUAUGAGUCAACGAGUCAAGUUUUGAGUCAGGUGUGGGUUAAGAGCUGAAAAUUUAUUGAUUAGGGUUAAACAGUGAUUUUAGUGAUUAGGGUUAAUCAUGGUCUCGAAGUGGUUAGCAUUUAUUUAGGUUAAGAUUUGUUACUUUAUCCACCGCGUAUGUAUUUAUCAAAGCAAUUACUCGCGGGAAAUCCUAGAGAUCCCAAGUAUUGACUCAAAACUCAUGGAAUCAUUUACUCUUAAUUCUCUGUGUCGAUUGGUUUCACGGAAAAUGUAUUUAGAAAAGUGUGUAGCAUAUGCUUCUUGAUAUAAGGGAUCAAAGGAUUUAAAAGUCUUCAUCGUUAAUACUGGUAUUAAAUUAACUUAGUACGAACGUCCACCUGUAACUGAAGUAGCUGACAGUAUUAUUUGCGUCAGUCCGAAGUGGAAA